GCUGACCGGCGGCUCCGAGCCGCGCGUCCCGCCCGUUUGCCUUCACACCGUCCCCCGCCUCUGCAUGGCUGACAUGGAAGAGGAGCUCAAGUGCCCGGUCUGUGGCUCAUUCUACCGAGACCCUAUCAUCCUGCCGUGCUCGCACAAUGUUUGUCUGCCCUGUGCCCGCACCAUCCUGGUGCAGACCCCCGAGGCCGAGCCACCAUCGCCCCAGGCCCGGGCCCGGACCUCGGCCUCGGACUACGACUACCUGGAGUUGGACAAGAUGAGCGUGUACAGCGAGGCGGACAGCGGCUAUGGCUCGUACACGGGCUUCGCGCCGGCCACCCUCAGCCAGAAGUCGCCCAACGGCGUGCGGGUGUUCCCGCCGGCCCCGCUCCCGGCCCCGCUCCGCCACUCCAGCCUGACCUGCCCUCAGUGUCACCGCAGCGCGCUGCUGGAGGAGCGGGGGCUCCGCGGCUUCGCCCGGAACCGCCUGCUGGAGGCCAUCGUGGGCCGCUACCAGCAGAGCCGCACUGAGGCUGCCAAGUGCCAGCUGUGUGAGCGGGGCCCGCAGGAGGCGGCCGUCCUGUGCGAGCAGUGCGACGUCUUCUACUGCGAGCCGUGCCAGCGGCGGUGCCACCCGGCCCGCGGACCCCUGGCCAAACACCGGCUUGUCCCGCCCAGUCAGGCCCGCGGGGCCGCCGCCCCCGCAGCCCCCGCCGCCGCCAAGAAACAGCUGCCGCCUCGCAAGAUCUCCACCUGCACCGAGCACGAACUGGAGAACCACAGCAUGUACUGCGCCAGCUGUAAGAUCCCCGUGUGUUACCAGUGCCUGGAGGAAGGGAAACACGGCAAGCACGAAGUCAAGGCAUUGGGAGCCAUGUGGAAACAACACAAGGCCCAGCUGUCUCAAGCAUUAAAUGGUGUGUCUGACAAAGCGAAGGAGGCCAAAGAGUUUUUAGUGCAUUUGAAAAACAUGGUACAACUAAUUCAGGAGAAUGGUGUGGAGGUUGAAGCUUGCCUUGUGGCACAAUGUGAUGCACUUGUUGAUGCAUUAAAUCGCCAAAAAGCAAAAUUGCUUACUAGAGUUACCAAGGAGCGUGAAUUUAAAUUAAAGGUCGUUCGGGAACAGAUAAGCCACUGUACAUUGAAACUUCGCCAGACAACGGGUCUCAUGGAAUAUUGUCUAGAGGUAUUAAAAGACAACGAUCCCAGUGGAUUCCUACAGAUUUCAGAUGCUUUAAUCAAGCGUGUACAAGUGUCUCAGGAGCAGUGGGUUAAAGGAGCUUUGGAACCCAAAAUAAAUCCUGAAUUUGAUCUGACGCUUGACAAUGGCCCAUUACUGCAGUCAAUUCACCAACUUGAUUUUAUUCAAAUGAAAAUUCCUUCUGCAGUGCCACCUGCGCCAAUACUACAACUGGAGAAAUGUUUAACUCACAACAACAAUGCCACACUUGCAUGGAAGGCACCUCCACUCAACCAGACACAAAUCGAAGGCUACAUCUUAGAACUCGAUGAUGGAAAUGGUGGACAAUUUCAGGAGGUGUAUGUUGGCAAAGAAACUGUGUGCACGGUAGAUGGACUUCAGUUCAACAGUGCCUACAAUGCAAGAGUAAAAGCCUUUAACUCAGCAGGAGUUGGACCUUACAGUAAAACAGUUGUGUUGCAGACAUCUGAGGUUGACGUUUCGAGAGUCCUUUCUGUGGCUUGGUUCACCUUCGAUCCCACUUCUGCCCAUCCGGAUAUCCUUUUGUCCAAUGAUAACCUGACGGUUACAUGUAAUAGCUACGAUGAUCGUGUUGUGCUGGGAUCCGUCGCGCUUUCCAAAGGAGUCCAUUACUGGGAACUGUCUGUUGAUCGCUAUGAUAACCACCCUGACCCUGCUUUUGGAGUGGCAAGAAUUAAUUUAGUAAAAGAUAUGAUGUUAGGCAAGGAUGAUAAGGCCUGGGCCAUGUAUGUUGACAAUAACCGUAGUUGGUUUAUGCACAGCAAUUCCCACACAAACAGGACAGAAGGUGGGAUUUGUAAAGGUACAACAAUUGGAGUUCUCCUGGACUUAAGCAAGCAUAUGCUGUCAUUUUACAUCAACAACAUGCAGCAAGGCCCUGUAGCCUUUGACAAUUUGGAAGGCAUCUUUGUUCCUGCUAUCAGCAUUAAUAGGAAUGUCCAGGUGACUCUUCAUACAGGACUGGAAGUUCCAAAUCAUAUCAAACAAGGAAAAUCCUCAUUAUCCUGUAGUCCCAGCAGCAAGUCUAAGUAUUGACUACCA